AUGAAUAGACUUUUUCACCUCCGAACUCCUUUUCGCACACCUUUUCUGUCAGAAGAAAGAUUCAAUCCACUCCGAGUCCCCCGAAUGCUAUCCACGAUCACACCCCGGUCAACAAGAUUUAUCAGCAGCGUCACCUUGUGGUCUGAGUCCAUAAAUAUCAGGAGCCUCCGGAGGCCGCCAGACUUGAAAAGCCCUCCUCUACUCACAACUGCCUCUCUCGGUCUACGCUACACCUCCACUGACACACCAAACAUGUCCGAGUCCGGAUUCUACUCUCUCAAGGCCGAGCUGCCCGGUGGCAAGACCUACGACUUUGCGACUCUCAAGGGAAAGACUGUCUUGAUUGUGAACACGGCGUCGAAGUGUGGCUUCACUCCUCAGUACAAGGGUCUCCAAGCUCUGUACGACAAGUACAAGGAUCAAGGGCUCGAGAUCCUCGGCUUCCCAUGCAACCAAUUCGGUGGCCAGGAACCCGCAGAUGACAAGGGCAUCGAGGAGUUCUGCACGAUCAAUCACGGUGUGACCUUCCCCCUCAUGAAGAAGUCAGAGGUCAACGGUGACAGCACCAACGAGGUGUACCAAUGGCUGAAGAGCCAGAAGGCGGGCUUGCUCGGGCUUACACGCAUCAAGUGGAAUUUCGAAAAGUUCCUCGUCGACAAGAACGGCAACGUUGUCCACCGCUGGGCGUCCACCACAACGCCUCAGGCCAUUGACGCUGAAAUUGCGAAGAUAAUCUAA